AUGGCGUUGGAAAUCACAUUUAUGAUUUUAAUUCUUAUAUCAGUCAGUGCCGCUUGGGAUUAUUGUAACUAUAAUUACUACAGUUACGUGUACCGUAAACGUGAGACUGGACAUAACUAUUGCGACACUGCAUGUUGUGGUUAUUCUCACAACAGAUACUGCUGUUCCUAUGAUGGAGCGAAGGCGGGAGCCAUUGUUGGUGGGAUUUUAUGUAUUGUAGUGAUAAUAGGAACUAUUUCAUGUUGUAUAAAAUCACGUUACUUCCGGUCUCGGAGAGUAGUAAGACCCCAUCAACCUGAACCUCAAGUUACGUCUGGAAAUAUCACAAUCAUACAAACCCCCGGGAUGAUGACAACGCCUCCUCCUUACUCCAGUUACCAGACAAUACCAAACGGAGCUCCUUCCGCGCCAGCCCCUCCCUAUCAACCUCCGGCAACAGCCCCUCCCGGCUACGUACCUCACAUCGGUGACAGGGGACCACUUCUCCCUCCGCCUUACACAGGACCACCACCCAAAUACUGA